GGCAGUUCUUCCCAGCAAACACAGACCGUCCUCUGGUUAACUUUUAAAUAUGUUUGUACACCACCACGGAGCAGCGGCAGCAGUACCACCGCAUCAUCCACCUGGCUCCGGGUAGCGGACUUUCCUCCUCCUCCUCCGCAUCCUCGUUCUCCACCUGCUCCUCUCCAUCCUCUUCCUCCGCUGUCUCCUGCUGGAGCUUGAGAGAUGCCCGGGGAAAGAUGUGCUCCAGUCGCAAGAUCCUGUGGAGCCUGCUCUUGCUGUCCGUUGUGGAGGUGGGCCUGGGUGUGGCGAGCAUCGUGCUGGGAGCCGUGGGCAUCAACCGGAUACGGGGCGACCACAAGCCGCUGCAAGGCGACGCGUCCCCGGUGUGGAGCGGAAUGUGUUUUCUGGUCUGUGGGAUGUGUGGAGUGCUCUGCGCUCGAAAGAGGACCGGCCUCACUAUGAUCCUGUUUUCGGCCUGCUGUAUUUGUGGUCUGAUUGGUGGAAUUCUGAACUUCCAGUUUGUUCGAGCAAUGACCAAGCGGCCGGAUUCUAUGCACUCCAUCCACCUCGCUGCGAUGACUCUGGCCUGUCUGGGGAUUUCCUCCUGCACCCUUUCAACAUGGCUGACCUGUCGACUGGCCAGCUCGGAGCAGCAGAGGAUGUUCCUGGAGAGAGAGCACUCAUUGCACCACUCACAUGAGAUGACAGAGAAGGAGGUCCUGGACAACUCCAGCAAUGGUAUCCCACAGAUCUCCUACAAUGGACACAGUGCAACCUCUCCCUGAUCAAAAAUCAGCAAAAGUGAGAUCCACACACUCAAACACACCAUGACAAUGAGUGGUGCUGGGCUACCAGUUAAAUGUAGUUCCUAAUUUUACUUAGGACGCUGACGCUCUGUGGGCUCUGCACAAAUUCCACUGUCUUACCUUUGAACACACAGCAAAAAGGGUGUGUUUCUUGUGUUUCUGACUAAUGGAUUUGUAACCACACCAGGUCGACCUACACCAAAGCCAGGAUGGAAGGUGGCUUUGCUAUAUAAUCUUAAGAGCACAAACCAAGCAUGCAACAAAGAAAUACCAUAUUACUCUCAACAUGUUUAUUUAUCCCUGGGUUCAUGAAAUGUAAGUUGAGAUAGUCUUUAGACCAGGGGUCUCCAACUUUUGUUCUCCAAGAACUACUUUUACAAAAUUAAAAUGGCUCAUAGCUCAAUUCGAACAAACAAACUCAAUAAGCUUUCUUUGCCUCAACAUUUACAACAUGUCACUGUUGAUAAAUCACAUUUUUCAUUAAAACAUCACCAAAGUAUUAUUAGUCCACAAAAAACAUCCAUCUAUUCAAGGUCCAGUAUUGUUCCUCCAUUUUGUCCAAAUAACCUGUUUUUAUUUUAUUUUAUUUUAUGCAUAAUAUCUCUGUCUACUGGCCACGUAUAACACAACCGACUAAAGCUAAGUUUGCUACCACACAGCAUCAAUGCUGCGUUUAUGUCAUGAAGAUUGACAAACACUUGUAGAAUGCAGUCGAUUGUGCUACUUGUGGCCAGUAGACGGCGAUACUCUGCAGAAAAUAAAUGAAAAAUAAAAACAGGUUAUUUGGUUAACAUUUUAAAAAUGCAAAAGAGACCACUAUUAACCCUGCAUUUCUUCACUUUUUGAGCGAGCAAUUAAGUUUAUGAAAAUCUAAAUGCUUUUUAGAUUUAUAAGCCAUUUGCGAGCUAAUUGGAAAAGAGCGGCGAGCUACUAGUAGGCAAGUGACGUGUUGGAGACCCAUGCUUUAGACAAUGUCAUUUAUUUUCUAAUGAAGGACUGCAUUGGCAUGAAAAUACUUUGCCUCCUAAUGUACUGUACUGUACUGUACUGUUUAUUCACAUACGACGGAAAUCUAGUCAUACGUACUUAUAAAUGAGACAUAUUUUUUGUAAAUGCUUCUUGUAGAAGUGAUUUAAAAUAAAGUAUUAAAAUCCAGCUGUCCGGGUGUAUGUUUGUACAUUCUUUCUUUUCUUUUCUUUUGAGCUGGUUCCUAACCAGUUACACAAGCCCAGAUACUAAAGCAUGUUCAUGUGAAACAAUUUUCAAUGGGAUGUUUUGACAGCUACAACUACAAACCAUACACUUAUUUAAAAACAAUGAAGAAUGACUUCUAUGUGGUUGUACACAGUAAAAGGGUGUUGUGUUCUGCUCAGGUUUCACACCCUGUAUUAACACACUAUGUUAGCAACACUCUUUACUGAAAAGGGUUCUCAGAAUCCAGAUAAAAGAAUUCAUGCACUGGGAUGACAAAUGUACCAGGGUACAAUAGAUAGGUGCCAACUUUAAUUUGGCAAAAUACGUGUACUGUGUUCACAAAGGUGUGAAUGUGUGUCUAACAUAAACAACCUGCUAACUGACACCAUGUCACACAUCACAAGUGAACGUUGGCUUUGCUGCUCUCUGCUGAAUGACCUUCUCUGCUGUCACUUACUCAUAAAACAAUCAAAACACCCGUGUAUUUUAGGUUACUUAAGGUUACUUCUGCACAAUAGUCAUGAUAACCUGAUACCAGAGUGGCCUGAGUGAUACUUGAAGUGUUUAAGGACAGGACUAGAAAUCAGUGAUCAAUGAUCAGGAAAUAAGGAUUCAAUUGUUUCUUAAAAUCAUUAUUGCACAACGUAGUUAUAUUAAUUUCACAUCAAAAUGUUUUAAAUAAUAAAAAAUAUACCUUAAACAUUUGACUUGGACAACGGUCACAUUUUCUAAUAAAUCAAGUGGAAACGACAUCUGCAACAUUUGGGGGCACUGCACUGUCAGCGAACAAAGCUUUGUUAAUCUGAAACUUUAUAAACAGAAAUAUAUUGACACCAACAGAUUUUUAUGUAUUUGUUAAAGGACUGAGUUCCGUGAAUAUGUAUGUAUUUUAAAAAUGAUAUAUAGGCAAUUACCUUGAAUUUAAACAUAAAUCCUACUGAGUCGUUU